CAUUCGAGACCUCCUCCCUCAUCCGAGCACACCCGUGGCGCCUCUGAGCUUGCAGACACGCCGGAGACCCCUCCCCAGGGCGGGCCAGACUCCAGCCACCAAGGCUGCGGGGGCGUGGGACCAUCCCAAGUGGCGGCCGCCCUCGGGGCGGGACACCCCCUGGCAGUGCCGCCACCGCAGCCACUGGGCUAUAUCUAAGCGGCGAUCUCCAAGCGCUGCACAGCUAGGCCCCGGGCCAGGAGGGGAGGGUCCGGCCUUACCCCGCAGACGACCAUUGGAGGCUUCCCCGGGCCUCCGUGCCAUGCCGCGGGCCGUGUGAGCUAGCUGCUGCAGGCUUCGGAGCCCGCAGGUGCCCGCGGGCGCGCCUGGCCAGGUCGGGGAGGGGGCCCCGUACCCGCCAUGCUGCGAGGCCCUCGGGUCCUGGUACCGGCUGGUGGGCAGCCCCCCAAGGGGUUGCCCUCGAUGAGCCCCACCGAGCUGUGGUCGCCCGGCCUCAGCAGCCCCCAGCUCUGCCCGACCACCACCACCACCUACUACACCGCGCUGUACCGGCAGACUGUGCCUCCCGCAGCGGCGCCGGGCACCUGCCUCGACGCCACACCCCACGGACCAGAGAGUCAAGUUGUGCGAUGCGUGCCGGCAGGCCGGCUGCCGGCCAAAAGGAAGCUGGAUCUAGAGGGGAUCGGGAGGCCUGCAAUUCCUGAAUUCCGAACUCCCAAGGGCAAGUGCAUCAGAAUGGAUGGCCUUCCUAGCCCCAAAACCCCCAAGUCCCCUGGGGAGAAGACUCGGUAUGACACAUCGCUGGGGCUGCUUACCAAGAAAUUCAUUUACCUCCUGAGUGAGUCCGAGGAUGGGGUCCUUGACCUGAACUGGGCUGCUGAGGUGCUGGACGUACAGAAGCGGCGUAUCUAUGACAUCACCAAUGUGCUGGAGGGCAUCCAGCUCAUCCGCAAGAAGGCCAAGAACAACAUCCAAGGCAGGGGAAUAUUUGAAGACCCCACCCGACCCGGGAAGCAGCAGCAGCUGAGGCAGGAGCUGAAGGAGCUGAUGAGCAUGGAGCAAGCCUUGGACCAGCUCAUCCAGAGCUGCUCUCUGAACUUCAAGCACCUGACUGAGGACAAGGCCAACAAGAGACUGGCCUACGUGACUUACCAGGAUAUCCGCGCUGUUGGCAACUUUAAGGAGCAGACGGUGAUUGCUGUCAAAGCCCCUCCACAGACCAGACUGGAAGUGCCCGAGAAGCCUGAGGAGAACCUGCAGAUUUAUCUCAAGAGCACCCAAGGGCCCAUUGAAGUCUACCUGUGCCCAGAGGAGCAGGAGCCGGACAGCCCUGCCAAGGAGCCCCUCCCCUCCACCGCCACCCUCAGCCCUGACUCUGCCCAGCCCAGCAGCAGCACCCACCCUAGGAUGAUGGAACCCAGAGCAUCCUCAGCACCCCAGCAGAUCCCACCGCCACCACCACUGCCUCCACCACUGCCAUCCCUCGUCCCCUUGGAGGCCACUGACAGUAUGCCAGAGCUGCCACACCCACUCCUGCAGCAAACAGAGGACCAGUUCCUGUCCCCAACCGCAGCGUGCAGCUCCCCUCUGAUCAGCUUCUCCCCACCCUUGGACCAGGAUGACUACCUGUGGGGCCUGGAUGGGGGUGAGGGCAUCAGCGACCUCUUUGACUCCUAUGACCUUGGGGACUUAUUGAUUAACUGAGUGACCCUGUCUACCCCAACAGCCUUGCCCCUGUCUCUACCUCCUCACAGACAGACUGGCAGUCUUCUGCCCACACAGGGCACUGGACACUAGGUGCUGUCCUCAGGGUAUGACGUCUCCUUUCCCGACUCCCUGCCAACAGAAGCUGUCUGGGGAGAAGUGGAAGAUAUGGGUGAGGAGUCUAUCACGGGUUGGGUCCUGUCCUUCCUAACAAAAGCUGGGCCAGGGAAGGCCUCUUUAGUCUUCUGACCUCUGAUCGCUCACUGAAGGACUAGAUGAGGUGACCAGGUCCAGGGAAGGGCCCUACUACCUCCUUUUGAGGGGUAAUUAGGACCCUCAAUUUACCAAGCACUUAAUGCCUUUGUAUUUAUUUCAGAUUGAGUUUUGUUUGUCCUCCCUGAGUUUUAGCAGGGAGAUUAUUCUAGUUUUUAGUGAGACUGCUCCUCAGGUCUAUGGGCACCUAUCAUUGUUGUGGUCCCAGGGCCAGCCUGGGCUUCCAGGGGCCCAGGCCAACACUCCCUGUAUCCCUGGGAGUUAGUCUCUGAGGGCCGCCCAGUCUGCCUGAUGCUAACUAAUUGCACUUAGGCCUCCUGAUUUGAGAAACUCCUGUCCCAGAGAUGGUUCUAGGGAACAAUUCCAGGUCAGGCAGGUCUGAGGCUCCUGUGGAAUUCCUUAGUUCUCCCACCUCUUAGAACAUAAAAAUGAUCUUUCUGGGCAAUCAGCAGAAUUGGAACGCAGGGCCGUUUUACAUCGAGGACCUGGAGGCAGAGGCAGCUCCAUCUUACAGAAGGGUGAGAUUAAAACAAGAAACUGUCGAAUGCUUCCCCCUAUAGUUGCUGGCAUCAUCCUCUGCUUCCCUGGGAGGAUUUUUUUUGCCAUGUUUGUUGAGGGGGAUGAUUCUUUAAGGGCCUCCCCUUGCCCCCAGCUCUCACUCAGACCCAAGGACAGAGGUGACCAGCGCUUGGUGGCAUGUUUGCUCCUUUUGUCACUAGAAUGCUGAAGAGGUAGGUGAUAGGGAAGGAUCUUUGUGGCAGACCAGACCUUAGCAGCUACUGGGGAGAUGGAUUCAUGUGACCUAUGAGGUUUGGGGGUCUUGAAAAGAUCUUUCAGUUUCACCCUAUCCGCCCAGUGGCUUCAACAUGCCACAUGACACCUUCGACCCUUCCCUACCUAGAUUUGGAUUUGGAUGCUGUGGGCUGAGCCAACACUGUACCUUCUGGAAAGAGGCAGCAGGGAGCUACGUUUCCUCGGGGUCUCAGCUGGGUAGCACUUUCCCCCCUAAAGUUUGUAGCAUUACGUUCGUUUAAGAUACGAAGUUGGCUUUGUUGGGUUGCCCCUGAGCUGACUGGUAUCUGAAGGUUGGGAGGUGUGCUUGUGUAGAGGUGGGGCCCAGUGUGAACUCAUGUCACUAAGGAUGUUUGCUCACCUUCCUGGGCUCUCAGGUUAGCCCCCUCCCAGGCACAGUCAGCAGGUCACAGCUACCCUGCUCUGUAAACAGGUAGCCCUGUUUUUGUACACUUUACAGAAAUGGCUUUUGUCUCCCCUCCCCAGAUACUCACAGGAGACUCAUUAGAAGCCCAUGUUGAAGUCCUGGGACCACCUUGGCCCUCGGGUGGGGACUGGGGUGCUGCAUGGGACCUUGGUCAGGCAGCUGGACCUGGAGACAGCAUUGCUACUCUCGGGUCUCCUCUGGGAUGCCAUGUAGCAAUGUGCCAUCUCUGAGGACAGAGAUGUUUGACUCCCCUGCCUUGGGCUCUGUCUGGAGGUUUCUCAUAGAGCUAAAUUGGAGAAAAGGGUGAAGACCUUUUUCAUCUGUGGAACCCACUGGGGACGAAUUUAACACUGGUGUCUGGCUGGAAUUCAGGCACUCUCCCAAAUGCCCAUCCACAGGGAUAGACAGAGGGGCUGCCCUCGGGCCCAUGGCCUGUGUCCUGAGUGGCCACCUCUGUCCCCUCUGUGCCGUCCCUUCCACAUCGGGCCUGGUCAAGGGGCUGGUCCUCCCCUUGACCAGGCCCGAUGGUCAGCCUCAGACUUGGUGUGGAAAACAAGCUCUUGCCUCUUCCUUGCCAGUGGCACUUGAAACCUCUCAAGUUCCAUAGAGUGUUUUCAGGAUGCUAUUUGAACUGGUAUUUCCUUUAGGGGCCAGGUAAGCUGUAAAACCAUGGCAGGAAACUAGUUUUUUGUUUGUUUGUUUUUUUGUUGCAGUUUUUGGCCGGGGCCGGGUUUGAACCUGCCACCUCUGGCAUAUGGGGCCUACUCCUUGAGCCACAGGUGCCUCCCAGGAGUCUAGUUUUAAUUUUUGGGGGGGAGACAGAGUCUCACUAUGUCGCCCUCGGUUGAGUGCCGUGGCCUCAGCUCACAACAACCUCAAACUCUUGGGCUCAAGCGAUUCUCUUGCCUCAGCAUCCUAAGUAGCUGGGACUACAGGCGCCCAUCACAACGCCCGGCUAUUUUUUUUGUUGUAGUUGUCGUUGUUUAGCAGGCCUGGGCCGAAUUUGAACCCGCCAGCCUCGGUGUAUGUGGCUAGCUCCCUAACCACUGGACUAUAGGCACCGAGCCAAGUUUUAAUUUUCUGCCUGGAAAUUUCCUAGCCCUACCAGCAGUCCCUGAUUUACCCAUGUCCCCAGGGACAUCAAGGCUCAAGGGCUUCAGGGAACCCAGCAGAAUUAGUCAGCAAAAUUGAAGACUCCAAGAGACUUCCUUUUUUU